AUGGCCCUGGUCGCCUUGGCCAUUUCCCUCUUUGCCGGUUGUCCUGGCUGCCUGUCUGCGGCCAUCCCAGUCGCUCCUUUGGAAGUCGGCGACGAUAAAACCGCGAAGCGAGCCGGAUCGCUCUUUAACAUCCUGGAGAAGGAUCACCGUGAGCUACUCCGCAAGCGACACGAGCUCAUCUCUUCGGGCUCCGUGGCGACCGGUUUCGUCCACCCCACACAUCUCUACCGGCGCGAUGCCGACGCUCUCCCGCCUCCAGACAAAUCGUACAACUUGACCGUCACGCAAGGGAUCAUCAGCCCCGACGGCUUCGAGAGGCUCGGCUUCCUCAUGAACGGCAAGUUCCCAGCUGACCCCUUCGUCUGGGACGAGAAUGACGACGUUGAGAUCACGGUGAACAAUCAGGGUCCCGUCCCCUUUGCGAUCCACUGGCACGGCAUCCACCAGAUCGGCACUCCGGAGAUGGACGGUGUGCCCGGCUUGUCGCAGUGGAACAUCUACACGGGCGAGUCUUACACGUACCGUUUCAAGCUGAUCAACCAGCAUGGCGGCUACUGGUAUCACAGCCACGAGCGAGGCUACUACGCGGACGGCUUGCGCGGCACCAUCUACAUCCGACCCAAACCGGAUCGCAAGAAGCCGUGGAGCUUGAUAAGCGAGGACCAGGACGACAUCGACCAGAUGGAAGCCGCCGAGAACGAUUUCCAGAUCAUGUCGCUUUCCGAUCACUGGCACAUCAACCAUACCGACAUGCUGUUGGUCGUGCACGAGACAGGUGUUCCGCCCGCUUGUUUCGAUUCGCUCCAGAUCAAUGGUCGGGGUCGGCAGUACUGUGUAGACAACUGGUCGUCAGUAAUGUCACCAGUGCAGGCAAGCUUGCUGAAAAACUUCAGCUCCACCAAUCCAGAAGGCAUCACCUCGAAGGGAUGUAUCUCGCUCGUGCCACCCAAAGAUGGAUACACGGUCAAGGGAACACUCGACACGAGAUAUGGCGGCAUCUGCCAGAACACGACGGCGCCCCUGACGGUCUUUAGCGCUGCCAAAGCCAUCAAGGAGGGUCGACGAUGGCUCAACCUUCAGAUCAUCGAUCAAGCAACAAAUUGGUAUUAUGGCAUCAGCGUUGAUGGUCACAGGAUGUGGUUGGUGGCUGUGGAUGGCCACUACAUCCAUCCGAUGAAGGUUGACUGGGCGCAGAUCACGAUCGGAAGUCGAAUGAGCGUGAUGAUCGAGCUGGAUGCGGAUCUCGAUGGCAACAUCUUCCCCAUUCGUCUCACGGGUGCUCGUGCGCUGCAAGCCAUCGAGGGGCACGCUUUUCUCUCGUACAUCGAUGGGGUGGAUGGUACGUGGAAUCCUGGGAUCGAAGAAGACUUUGGAUAUGCGAUGCGUACUCUCUCCGAUGCCCACGUACCUAUGAGUGGGUUCGUUGUUGAUCCAUCGGUGGUCAAAUGGCAGCAAAACCUUAGCGAGCCCUUUGACCCCAUCAGCAACGUUCCCCAGACGUCCAGCAUGACGCUGCAUGCGGUGGCAUCUCAGAACAGCCUCAACGUCUGGCAGGUGGCGACCAUGCCGCUCGACACGGCCCAUCUGGCCGACGAACGACCGAUGCUCUUCAACGCCACCGACGGCAACGUCACCUCGAAUCAGAUGACGCCUUACGCUGCCAUUCCUUUCGGCACGGUUAUCGACAUCAUCAUGGAGAACAACAUCUACUCGAUUGUGGGCGGUCCCAACAGUCCUCACCCAUUCCAUAUGCACUCACGACGCUUCUGGAUCAUCGGCAGCGGUGCCGGCCCCUUCCCUGCCGACACCGUCGCGGAAGCGCAAGAGCAAGGUGUUGUCUUCAAUCUCGAUAACCCUCCUCUGAGAGACGGAUUCGACAUCGAUUCCAACUCUUGGGUCGUCAUCCGCUACGUUGUCGACCAUGCUGCGGCCAACAUCCUCCAUUGCCACAUCGACGACCACGCCAUUGAAGGAAUGGCAGCGGUGCUGCUCGAAGGUCUCGAAAAGAUCCCUGAUGGCGGUAACUUUAGCGAGACGAUCAAGGCGCGACCCGCCAAAUGGAUCGAGACGCAGAACGACGAGCUUGGCCAGGUGCUCGAACAGAGUUGGGCGACCGGAUCCAUGAAUGCCAAGUACGUCGCUCCUGCUGCAACGGAGACGGUCACGCCGUGGGGUGAUCCUAGGUCGCUCGCCAACAGCAUCCAGCUGUUCGCCAGCUCAAACAGCGUUCAGAGGGUAAUCACCAGCUCGUUGCAGGAGGAGCUGAGCCUGGCGCAGGCUACAGCGACGGAGGACGUGACAGCGAUCACGGCAACUGUGUCAGACUAUCUGACGACGUCCACGGGUUCUGCUUCGGCCGCCGCCUCGGUGGCAAUCGCCGCACAAUCGACUGUUGUUGCUAUCGCUUAUACGACGAAAGUAGUGACUGCAAAGGCGGCACAGACUGUGGCGGCCGCCACUUUGGCCACGGUGAGACCGCUCUCGACCAUGACCAUUACCGUGACUGCGACCGCGCCUGCUCCGGCCACAGCCGCCGCGAGCUCCGGCGCGAUCAACGGGGCACAGCAGACGGCGGUUACUGCGAGCAGUAGUCUUACGCCAGUGAGUUUGAUCGCCUUUACGACCUUGUACAGCACUGCAGAGGUGACAUCCACGAAAGCAAGUGCUACUACGUCAGCGAUAGUCGAUGACGACGAUAACGAAGCGUCAGAGGUUGCGACGAAGACGUCGACACGUAGCUCUUCUGCGACCAGUACGCAGGCUGCUUCGAGCUCUGAUACCGACACCGAGGCCGAUGCCGACGGCGAGACUGCCGACGUGAGCAAGGAUGUGACCUCAAACGAUGCGGAUGAUGAGAGUUCAGCUGUCACUGCGUCAAGUGCUUAUCGCUCUGUGCUAAGCACUUCACGCACAGGUGAGGCCGUAGUGGCCUCGGUCGGGACCAAUCUCGCAGCGACGACCGUGCACUCAAGUUCCACGCACAUCUACUCCAAGAUCGCAACGCAGCAGGUCCUCACGAGCGCUCUCAACACGGAAGCGUCUAGCACUGCUUCUCGGGCCAUCGCGUCCAGUGCUGCUGCGAUUGCACCGACCCAGGCUUCUGCACUAAUCACGCCUGUCCUCAACAGCCUCGUCGCUGCGGCUGACUCCACCCAACUUGCGCUCUCGUCAGUGAACAGCGCGGCCAACUACGGCACGUACUCGGCGACUGCGACGUUCUUCGCCUAUACGACCUCAGACAAGGCCACUACAGCAGCGGCUCUGGCUCCGAGUGCGACUGCCGCCGAUGACGAGCUUGCUUAUGAUGACCCGGUGUUCCCAUCGACCAGCGUCGAUGCCGCGCAGAGGGCUGCUACUCUUGCGGCCAGUGCGGCGCUCGCAACAGCAACUGCUGAUGCCAGCGACGAAGAUGUGGGCGGCGAUGGCGAUGGUGACAACGGCGAAGGGACGUCGAACGAUGAGGUCGAGCAGUACACGUCCGAAUAG